GGGGUACCACAGAGGACGUUAAAAAUAUUAUAGAAAACUUACCCAGAAAAUAUUCCAUGAUAUAUAUACAAGUUGAAGGGAAUGAAGCCUCAAACCUCAUUAAAUGUCCAUCAUCAGAAAAAGAGUUACAGGACAUGGCGGUCGAGUUGCGUGACAAGAUCUGGGGGGUAGCCGAAAAGGCAGGAGAUUAUUUAUUUCGUCAGGGGAGAGUCAUAAUUGGAAAAAUCCCAUGUAGAUGGGUGACCCCAAUAACAAAAAAAAGUCAUAUAAAAUCCAUUGAGCAUGCCAAAAGAUGUAAUACCCUCAUUUCAAACCUAAACAAAUAUAUGAACGAUAAAGGGAAACAGAAACCAGUGGAACUAAGUAGUAUAAUCUACUGGAAUUCGAAAGGUUUAGUCCACAACUUUCGGGAGCUGCUGGAAGACGAUUGUCAUUUCAAUGACAAAGGUUUGAAAAAGUGGAAGAAGGCUGUCACAUUGGCAAUACUGACUGGGCUUGGCAGAUCUCGUAAGUUAUAGUUUUAAUAUAGUUGUGUUUACUAAGGUAGAAUAUAAAAUAGAUAUUAUAAUUAACACAGUAGUAUAAUAUGGGCAUAAGCCCACGGAAGCGCAAUGUGAAAAAACAGAUAUCUUGCUUCCUACUAGUUAAGUUGUAAUUGAUGGCUAAACAGGAGCCCUAAAUCCUUGAAGGCAACUUUCCCGGUGGGUGGUAUAGUUUACCCAUUGAGAAAGGCAGUUUGUUGCUAAGGGGCAUGGAUGCAGUUACAUAGUUUUUUCCUCCCCCUUCGCCUAGUUAUUAUGCCGCAAGUGUUUUACUCGCAUGAAUAGUAUUGUAAGAUGCCAGGGCAUAGCUAACACAGUUUCCCGCCAUCUUAUUAGUUGAUUCUACUGGUGUCAGUUGUAGUUAUGAACACCAGAAUAGAUUAUAUAAAUAAGGAAUAUAGUACAGUUUUCUAAAGGAAAUAGAACAAGAGUUAAUCAGUACCGUAUUCUCUGUAAUUACCGCCCACUCUCUAAUAAGCGCCCACCCCGCUUCACAAAGUUCAAGAAACAUCGAGGAAUCAACAAGAAUUGAAGAAUAUAUCAGGAAAAAAAUAUUUCUCAAAAUCCAGGAGCGGGCGAUAAUAGAGUACUUACCCUAAAACUGCUGUAAACACGACGCGUUUUGUAAUUCUAUGCAUCCUCUCGAUACAUAUCUAUCGAUGGGUGCUUCCCACACCAUACCAUGCUAAUAUUGUCUCCAAAUAGUCCAUAAUGAAUGAAGGAAUUGUUCUUUAUCGGCAUUCAGAAAUUUCAAAAGCUACUGCGCAGAUGUUCUGCGCAUGUCAAGGUCGUGAACUUUCUGGUUUCUUUUUAAUGUUUCUCGACUUUUAC